AGGAAGUGAAACAGCUGCUCUACACAAGGGGCUUUGGCUUUAAUGUCAAAUGCCUCCCUAUUGGAUGAGUUAGUGGCCUGCGUGGGGUGUUGAGGACGGUUUCUUAACUAAGGACAUAUAGUGCACGUAGAGAGGGAGCUGGGAUCGGAUUGGGAUCGGACCUGCAGUCGGACAGCAGCACUGCAGCAUGGCAGGAGACAGUGAGCCCAGACUUCAUGACCAGGAGGAAAACGGUGAUGCCGUUCGGCAGCCGUUUAUUAUCGGGGUUUCUGGAGGUACAGCCAGUGGAAAGUCUUCAGUAUGUGCCAAGAUCAUGGAGAUGCUGGGGCAGCAUAAGAUUGAUCAUCGGCAGCGUCAGCUCGCCAUCCUGAGCCAGGACAGUUUCUACAAAGUGCUCACUCCUGAACAGAAAGCCAAGGCAAACAAAGGACAGUUCAACUUCGAUCAUCCUGAUGCUUUUGACAACGAGUUGAUCUUAAAGACGCUUCAUGACAUAAUUCAGGGGAAGACGGUUCAGAUUCCAGUGUACGACUUUGUCACACAUUCCAGGAAGGACGAGUUUGUGACGCUGUAUCCGGCCGACGUAGUUCUGUUCGAGGGUAUUCUCAUGUUCUACUCGCAGGAAAUCCGCGACCUGUUCCAGAUGAAGCUGUUUGUGGACACGGAUCCAGACACGAGGCUCUCUCGCAGAGUUCUGCGAGAUAUCAGCGAGAGAGAGCGAGAACUGGAGCAGGUCCUGGCCCAGUACAUCACAUUUGUAAAGCCGGCUUUUGAGGAAUUCUGUCUUCCGACAAAGAAGUACGCAGACGUCAUCAUCCCACGUGGAGCCGACAACCUGGUUGCGAUAAACCUGAUAGUGCAGCACAUUCAGGACAUCCUCAACGGCGGCGUCGUGAAACGCCAGAACGGGAACGGCCACCUGAACGGUCACGUAUCCCCUCGAAAGAGGCGCUCGUCCGAGUCCAGCAGACCGCACUGACCCUGCCAAGGCGCUUCCUCCUUCUGCACAGGACGGAAAGGGCCUGGACUUGUGGAACAACAUUCAGCAUCCUUUCGCCACGUGGAAGGCGGAGCUGCUUCAGUGGGCUGAUAUGAGUUUUUGCUUUGUGUUUGCUUUUCCCUUUUUUAUUUCUCUUUCAGCUCGAGGUUAAGAGUGCUGUCUGUUCGUUAUCUUCAUCAUCACCAUCAUCAUCUUCGUCUGUGUCUGUUAAUAAACAGUGUUUAUGUCCUGGCUCAGAAUAUGAAAGACAGUCCAGGUGUUAGGAUGCUGUGGCUGAUGAGCCGAGAGAGAGAGUGUGUGUGUGUGUGUGUGUGUGUGUGAGAGAGAGAGAGAGAGAGAGAGAGAGAGAGAUGCCUUUAGAAACUUGAAGUCAGAACUCAGGAAGAGUGACUGUAAGGCUGGGGUUUAUCCUAAAUGCCAAGUGUUUACAUCCCACCCUUUAUAAGGCGUACGAGUGCAUGGUUAACUAACUGACCCUGGCGUAGGUAUCUGCUAAACCGAUGGUUUUAUACUGACCUCUUUGCUUAGAGACUUCCUAUAUAUCAGAGUGUUACAAGACGGAGUGUUUAUAUAAAACUUGUCUUCACCUCUUAGCAAAGACUUUAAGGCUAUGACGUGCUCUCGAUUCAACGGUCAAAUGGAUUCUCAUGUUAUAUAUGACGACUAUAUACAUAUAUAUAUUUUUUUCCUUCUCAUUAGGUAUUUGACACAUGCUUUAAUAAUCAGUUGUGAUGUCAGGGACAAAAAGUUCUGCAUCUUUAUGCAUCCUCCAGUACUUGAAUCGUAGUUGGACCACUAGAAGGUUAGACAAUUUGUUUUUACUUUUGAUAUUAGAGUAAGAGGGAGAUUUUCGCCCAAUCGUUUACGUGCGGAUUUCUGUCAGAACUUGUAAUGACAUAAACAAAUAAAAAUAAAACCUAAUUUGACAAA